GCGGCUCCUUCCUCCGGCGUUUCCUCGCGUGUUCCCCCGCCGCCCCUCGCCCUCCCAGGAGAGCCGCCCCCCGCACGGUGUGGCGAGGCCCGGGCACUGGGCAGAGACGGCGAUCGCACCGCAGCCGCCCCCGUGUCCAGCGGGGAACCCGGGAGCGUGGGGGCGGAGGGCGGCCCGGGGCUGCGGAGCCCCCCGCCAUGGAACAGGUCCAGAUGAUCAACAUCCAGCGGCUGCUGGAGGCGGCCGAGUAUCUGGAGCGAAGGGAGAGAGAGUGCGAACACGGCUAUGCCUCGACCUUCCCCUCAGUUCCAAGCCCUGGACUACAAGAGCCAAAGGCCAUGCGGAGGCUGAGCCGGGCGCGGAAAUACAGCGGCAGCGGCAGCAUUGCCAGUAUGGCCACCAGGUCUACGCACAAUGAACUAGAAAAGAACCGCCGAGCCCACCUCCGCCUGUGUCUAGAACGUUUAAAAGUUCUGAUACCGCUCGGACCAGACUGCACCCGGCACACCACGCUUGGGCUGCUCAACAAAGCCAAAGCACAUAUCAAGAAACUUGAAGAGGCUGAGAGGAGAAGCCAACACCAGCUUGAGAACCUGGAACGAGAACAAAGAUUCCUAAAGAGAAGACUGGAACAACUACAGGGUCCUCAGGAGAUAGAGCGAAUACGAAUGGACAGCAUCGGAUCUACCAUUUCCUCGGAUCACUCGGACUCGGAGCGAGAAGAGAUUGAAGUGGACGUUGAAAGCACAGAGUUCUCCCAUGGAGAAGUGGACAAUAUCAGCACAACCAGCAUCAGUGACAUUGAUGAUCACAGCAGCUUGCAGAGUAUUGGGAGUGAUGAGGGUUACUCCAGCGCCAGUGUCAAGCUUUCAUUUGCUUCCUAGAACCAAGUGAGACAACAGUGCAGGGUGAAUGAUUUCACUGGGGUGAUCAAACUGGGUCCUAGAUGCCAGUAUCCUCUUUCAGAAUUGACAUGCGGACAGCUAGGCCUGGACAGACCUGUAUAUAAAGCUUUUGGGUAAAGGAAGCCUCCCCAGAAACCCAUAUUUGUUCAUUUGGUCAUGUUACCAAUCCAAAUUUCUGCUGGCAAAAAGUUAGUCCCUUUGCAGUCAAUGAAAUCCGUUUGUUUCUGUGGGACCUGGAUCUAGACCUUAGUGAUGAAACACUUUGUUUUGAAUUUAUUUGAAAUUGUUUGAAAGAGGAUACUAGAGACUCAUCCCUCUCUUUCUGUCUUGAAAUCUGAGAAAUGUCAAAAUUUCUUAUACUUCAUUCAGGUUGACCAACCUAAUUUAGGCCCUUCUGAAGAGCUUUCGUGGUCCUAAAAGGCCUGUAACCUACAGUUUAUCACAAUCUAAUGCUGUCAUAAAGUACUAGGAAAUCUAAGAAGGCUUACAUAGCCUAGGAAUAACAGUGACAAUAAUGAUGAAGGUCUCAUUCUGUGCCCAGAGGGAGAGGGGCAGCGAUGUUCAGGGGAGAACACCAUUCAACUCAGCUUUCUGUUGGACACCAUUUAAAGAGUGAGUACCUCUGCAGCGUGGCUAGAGCGAGAGGUGCACACCUGUAACGUACCAGCACAGGGUGGGCUGUCACACCCGGGCUGUGCCAGCGCCAGCAGGUCCCCGGGAGAUGUGUGCCCCUCGCAGGCACUCGGCCAGCUGAGGGCAGAGCGAAACCAGCACUGAGAGCUGACACACCAGACAG